CAAAUCUCAAUUUACAGCUGUUGCGAGAUUGAAAAGUAGAGGAGCAUCAUUAUUCGGGAAAAUGGUUGACAAAUUCGUAGGAACGUGGAAAAUGACCACCAGCGACAACUUUGACGAGUACAUGAAGGCUAUAGGUGUGGGUUUUGCUACUCGUCAGGUUGGAAACCGGACCAAACCCAAUCUAGUGGUGUGUGUGGACGAGCAGGGGCUGAUCUGCAUGAAGUCUCAGAGCACCUUCAAAACCACCGAGAUCAAAUUCAAGCUCAACGAGCCGUUCGAGGAGACCACGGCGGAUGACAGAAAGACCACGACUGUCAUGACUAUCGAGAACGGCAAACUUGUGCAGAAACAGACCUGGGACGGCAAGGAGUCCACAAUAGAGAGAGAGGUGUCGGAUGGGAAAUUAAUAGCUAAAUGCAAGAUGGGUGAUGUGGUGGCUGUCAGGACAUAUGUGAAGGAGGCAUGAAGUAAUCCAAUCUGGAUUUGAAGAUGCCAGGCUCAGUUCAAUGAGCAAAAACAGAAAGAAAAGAAAGCCAAAGUGAAAUGUUACUUCUCUACUGAAAAUCUCAUGUUAUUUUUGACACCAAAGCAAAUGCUCACUGACCCUUUUAAAAUGCAUUUAUUAUCAGUCUUUAUGGUGCUUUGAAUAAAGUUGUUUUUAUUUGCCUUCA